GCCCUCACCUGAGAAAGGGGCAAGAGGCGCUCAGAACGCACCUGCAGGAAGGGCGGAGGGAUUCUGUCUCCGUUAUAGGACGUGCAUGUCCUAUAGGACUGCCCCCUGCAAGCAGCCCCAGGUUUGGAGGCUCGCCCAGAGGGGAGGAGACGGGUGGUAGCGGAUCAAGGGCCUCCUCUGGCAGGGCAGGCGAGGAACCUGGCAAAGCUCCUCUCCUGCUGCCGUCUCAGCCUCCUGGAACACAGGGAAUACCGUGGAAUACCAGAGGGAAAUACGGUGUACUGCCGAGGAACGUGGGAGCCACGGAGAGGCACAGUACUGCCCUGACAGUCCUGCACUUCCUCGAGCGGAGAUGGGAGAUGGCGCCGGUGCUGCCCCUGGUGCUGCCCCUCCAGCCCCGCAUCCGCCUGGCGCAGGGGAUCUGGCUCCUCUCCUGGCUGCUGGCACUGACUGGUGGCCUCACCGCCCUCUGUAGUGGGCACCUCCUGAUCCAGCUGAGGCCCCUUGGUACCUUCCUGGCUCCCUCCUGCCCAUUCCCUGCCCUGCCCCAGGUUGCCCUGGCAGCGGGGGCAGUGGCUCUGGGCACAGGCGUGAUGGGUGCAGGAGCCAGCCGGGCAAGUCUGAAUGCAGCUCGAUACCCUCCCUGGCGAGGGGUCCUGGGCCCGCUGCUGGUGGCUGGCACUGUUGGGGGUGGAGGCCUUCUGGUCCUCGCCCUGGGGCUAGCCCUGGGUUUGCCUGGGAGUCUGGGCGCAGGGCUGGAGGAGGGCCUGGGGACUGCCUUGGCUCACUACAAGGACACAGAAGUGCCGGGACACUGUCAUGCCAAGCGGCUGGUGGAUGAGCUGCAGCUGAGGCACCACUGCUGCGGGCGUCAUGGCUACAAGGAUUGGUUUGGGGUCCAGUGGGUCAGCAGCCGCUACCUGGACCCCAAUGACCAGGACGUGGUUGACCGGAUCCAGAGCAAUGUGGAAGGCCUGUACCUGAUUGACGGGGUCCCCUUCUCCUGCUGCAACCCCCACUCUCCCCGGCCUUGCCUGCAAAGCCGACUCUCAGACCCCCACGCCCACCCCAUCUUUGAUCCACGGCAGCCCAACUUAAACCUCUGGGCCCAAGGGUGCCAUGGGGUGCUGUUGGGAUACCUGCAGGGUUUGGCAAGCACACUGGGCAGCAUACUGGCUGUCACCUUCCUUCUACAGGCUUUGGUGCUCCUGGGCCUGCGGUACCUGCAGACGGCGCUGGAGGGGCUCAACGGGGUCAUCGAUGGGGAAGGAGUGACCCAGGGCUAUCUCUUUCCCGGUGGGCUGAAAACAGCCUGGCUGCAGGCAGGGGUUUCCCACAGGCCAGCACCUGAGGAGGCCCUACCAGAAGAGGCACCUCCUGUGGAGGGUCUGCCUGCGGCCUAGUGGCCUGGAGCUUGGGGUGAGGUAGGGGCCAGUCUGGAAGCCUCACAGCUCUUUACCAAGGCUCUCAGUGGGGGUCUCUGGGAUUAGAGGGGGAAGGGUAGUCAGCCAGCCAGACUGGAGUAAGGGAGAAAACCAGGUGUCCUAGGACCCAGCCCUAUGUGGCAGAAAUCACCAGGGAACAGAAGGAAACAGGGUGACGGGAAGUGGCACAGGAAGGACCGGAGACUGCGUAUGAAGCACAGACUCAAUAAAGCUUUGGGACUGAA